GUUUGUGAUGGAUGAGGUGGGGUUUAUUUCCGGCGGUUGCCCCAGGUUUUGAUGGUUAUCAGGGAAGUAGGGCGGCGGCAGCGGUAGUGGCGAGGGAUUUACAGGGACUUCGAGUGUUAUUCAGACCUGUGAGAUACAAUACCUAGCCACCAUGUCAAGCAAAAGAGCCAAGGGAAAGACCACCAAGAAGCGCCCCCAGCGCGCAACCUCCAAUGUAUUUGCCAUGUUUGAUCAGUCGCAGAUUCAGGAAUUCAAGGAGGCUUUCAACAUGAUUGAUCAGAACCGUGAUGGCUUCAUUGAUAAGGAGGAUUUGCAUGACAUGUUGGCUUCGCUUGGAAAGAACCCAACUGAUGAAUAUCUAGAGGCGAUGAUGAAUGAGGCCCCAGGACCUAUCAACUUCACCAUGUUUUUGACCAUGUUUGGUGAAAAGCUAAAUGGGACAGACCCUGAAGAUGUAAUCAGAAAUGCCUUUGCGUGCUUUGAUGAAGAAGGAACAGGCUAUAUCCAGGAAGACUACCUGAGAGAUCUGUUGACAACAAUGGGUGAUCGGUUCACUGAUGAAGAGGUGGAUGAACUUUUCCGUGAAGCACCAAUUGAUACCAAGGGCAACUUCAACUAUAUUGAGUUUACUCGCAUAUUGAAACAUGGUGCUAAAGACAAAGAUGACUAAUGUAAACUGUGGAGAAAAAAAUCCUCUUUUACUUUGCAGAAUUUAUGCCCAUUGGAACAUAUUGCAUGUCUUGGCUCUCCAAUAAACAUUGCUUUUUUCAUUAUUUAUAUAUUUUCCAGUCAUGUUGGCACACUUUGCACACAUUUGGAGUAAGGGGAAGAUUAGUAGCAGGGAACAGAAAUAUAGAAACAGAUUGCUUAAUAAAUGCCUUGUCAGAAUUUGUUUCAGGUUUUUAAACAUACAACAAACUUUUAAGAUUGCCAUCCAAUGUGUGAUUUGCAGGACUGAAAGGAAAAUAUUCCACAUUGCCCAAAUACUUGUACUCUGAUCAAUAUAUCUGUUUUGUCUAACUAAAACAUAUAAUAUACCCUUCAGACUACCUUAAUGAGGAUAUGUCCUGUCAAAGGAGUUGGUUUUGCAUUGGAGAUCAUGGUAUCGUGGUAAUGGCACUCGAUAUGCAAGUUUGAGUCUGAGUUGUCAUGUUUGUCUAUUUUGGUUUUCCAUUCUUGGAUCUAUAUUUGUUAAAAUAUAUAAAUAAGAUACUCAUCAAAUCAGUGAUAUUUGGUAAUACUUGUGAAUGAUUGUAAAGGGUAUGAAGAGAGUAGUAAGCUAUAACUUGAGGUAUAGUGGGAAAUUAUCCAAAGGACAAGAUUUCAGUUAUAUGCAGAUUUUAUCCAGAAGUUUUCCCUGUCUUUGACUAAGGUAGCACCAAAGUGUCCCUAGUGACUAUGCAGAUUGGUGUAGAUAUGUUCUGCCUUAUUCUUGAUCAUACUUUACAUCCUGUUCAGAUUUGUCCUUUGUUAUCAAAAUUGACUUAAAAAUAAAAGUUCUAAUUUGAA